GUACCGGGCAAGUAAAAGCGGUGAAGUGGGCAGUCCUUUCUGUAGUGGACCUGUCGCACAAGAUAUUUAGCAUAAAGUCAGUCCCCCGCUGUAUGGGGAUCAAGCCUUCACUCUUCGACUGCCUUCAUGUCUGACAGCAUUGAAAGAGGGAAACUGACGAUUUUUUACUUUACAAACAGAGGAACUUUCUUCAUGUCAGCAACAUCUCAUUCGGACAACCAUUAACCCACAUCAAGCUUGCCUUUUCGGGGGAUUAAUUUAACCAGAACGGGAUUUCAUAGCCUGGCGGCCGAGGUUAUGGAUUUUAACCUUCUGACAGACAGUGAAGCCCGUAGCCCAGCGCUAUCGCUUUCAGACUCUGGGACGCCUCAACAUGAUCAGGGAUGCAAAGGCCAAGACAACAGCGACACAGAGAAGUCCCACCAGAACCAGACAGACGAGUCGAAUGCAGAGGACGGCUCUCUGAAGAAGAAGCAGCGCAGGCAGAGGACCCACUUCACCAGCCAGCAGCUUCAGGAGCUGGAGGCCACCUUUCAGAGGAACCGCUACCCCGACAUGAGCACACGGGAGGAGAUUGCCGUGUGGACCAACCUCACAGAGGCACGGGUUAGGGUAUGGUUUAAGAACCGCCGUGCCAAAUGGAGGAAGAGGGAGAGGAACCAACAGGCUGAGCUGUGUAAAAACGGCUUCGGUGCCCAGUUCAAUGGACUAAUGCAGCCCUAUGAUGACAUGUACUCUGGCUACUCAUACAACAACUGGGCCACCAAGAGUCUGGCCAGCAGUCCACUGUCAGCCAAGAGCUUCCCCUUCUUCAACUCCAUGAAUGUAAGCCCCUUGUCCUCCCAGCCCAUGUUCUCCUCCCCCAGCUCUAUCCCCUCCAUGAACAUGGCCUCCUCCAUGGUGCCCUCGGCGGUGGCCGGGGUGCCCGGCUCGGGCCUCAACAACCUGGGCAACCUGGGCAACCUCAAUAGCUCCACGCUGAACUCAGUAGCGGUCACCGCCGCCACCUGCCCUUAUGCCUCCACCGCAAGUCCUUACAUGUACAGAGACACCUGCAACUCCAGCCUGGCCAGCCUCCGACUGAAGGCCAAGCAGCACGCCAACUUUGCCUACCCAGCCGUGCAAAACACAGUCUCCAACCUAAGCCCUUGCCAGUAUGCAGUGGACCGGCCGGUAUGAAGACAUGUACCCACUCCCACCCAGCCUGCCCUGUACCCCCCAACCUCUCAGACCCACUGCCCCCCUCUCCCUCUCCUCCUCCCGGUCCCUGCUAUGCUCCAUCAGUGAAUCAGAGUUAACUGCACACAUCGUCAUCACCAUGGACUAGUUAACAAGACGCUGUUUGUCUAACUGAUGCUACACAACAGGAAUAAGCUUUAACAGUUAGAAGAAAAUCCCCUGAUGGACCACCACGCUUCAAAGAACUCUCUCAAAUACGCUGAGACUUUGUCGCUGAAACGACCAACUGUCAAAAAGGAUUUCUAAGUUUAAUCCAAUAUCAUUUUUUUGGGACUGCAUGACUCGAGUGAAUUUAAAAUGAAGAAAACCUGAAUGCUUCAACUGCACUGGUGGUCAACAUCUUGGCCAAACAUGAAAUCAUUGUGACGCUUGCCACCAUCACGGGAAAAUGACCUGUGGUUCCAAUAUGAGGAUGUAUAUAAUGGACUUUUUUUGUUUUGUAUGUGACAAAACUAUCCAUGAAACGUAGUACUUUGGAGAUGAGAAAAGCAUGUUCUUGAAGAGCAGACCCUAGGUUGAUGUACUAUGAGUACCUCCUUUAGGAAUUGUAAUUUUGUUAUGAAUUCCAAUCCCCUCAGAAGAUCAGGUGUCAAAGGUCAGAACAGAAAGGAGAGAGGAGCUAGCACAACAUAGUCUCAAACAGAAGAAAUAAUAUCCAAAAUCAGAACCUUUUUAAAGAAAAGUCUAAAAAAGCCAUUGAAUAUAUAGAUUUGUGUGGUGUUAUAAAAAGGGAGUCCAUGACUGUAAAAAUGUAUGUAAGAGUGCAGUUGUUAUAAAACAAGCCUUUUUUCCUGGUGUAGCCUGCUUUGUCUCAUUAACAUAAUAAAAAUGAUGUGUUUUUAUGAACAACA